AUGGAGUUCUCCUCAGCGUUCACCUUUCGGCCACAGCCUCAAGAUACCCAGGAAUCCACUAGUGAAGAUCCUAUUCCCGUCCCAUCUCCUGGGACUCACUGCCCUCACUUUGCGGGGUUUAUAGCAGUGUCUUUCGCAAAUGGUGAUAACGAUAUAGGCCUGCAGCCUGUGAUAUCGAAUGCCGCCCCCACAUUUCGAGAUGUAUCGCUCGGUGGUGGCUCGUUCGAUGUUCGAAAGGUCAAAGCGUCUUCCUUUCCGAUUGGUCUGGGUACGGAGAUCUUGAAAGGCUGCAAAUAUGUCGCUGUUAAACAUCCAAGAACGCAAGAUGAUGGUUCUGUGUCAUUUGCCGACAUCGCUUUGGAACUACAGAUCUUGCGGCACCCUCCUGUCAAGAAACACGAGAAUAUUGUCGACUUUUUAGCUAUCAUGUAUCAUGAUACCGGAAACAAGGAGGGAAUAACUGUUGUUCCCGCUCUGGUCCUUGAAUAUGCCGAGUAUGGAAAUCUCAAGUCAUAUCAAGAAGCAGGCUACGCACGGUCGCUGCACGAGAAGCUAGACAUUGCUAUCGACGCGGCCAGGGGUCUUGAAGGCCUUCACGAAGCAGGAAUUGUCCAUGGCGAUGUCAAGCCUUCUAAUCUUCUCGUCUUCAAACACCCAACCAAAAAGACCAUUGUCAAAGUCAGCGACUUUGGGUUUGCGAUGCCAAUGCAAGGAGGCCAGCUCAUCGGAAGUACCGAGGUUUACCGUGCACCUGAAGGAGAGACAGCACAUUUUAACAGCCGCUACCUUCGUCAACAAGACAUCUACUCUUUCGGCUUGACGCUAUGGACCAUCCUUGGUGAUGGAGUGGCUUACCACAGCACUUUACCCGACGGCGAUAAGCUGGAGAGUAUCUGGAAACUUAAAAAGACCAACCUCAUAGCGAGCCUUGCUACUUUCAAUGUCUUACAUCGCUUGCGAAACGAGAAAUAUCCACUCAUGACACUUGCGAAACUCAUUCUCACAUGCUUACAGUGCGCCCCGGAGAAACGAUUCUCAAGCAUGUCCAAAAUUAUCGAUCAUCUCGACGUGACAAAGUCUCUCGUCAACAGUACGGAUGGGCGUGAUAGUCCAAAUGCUAGCGCUCUAAGAGCUGUCCUUCCUACCUUCGAGAGCAUUGUGUAUAGGGCCAAGAUCCCCACGAAUGAUGAUGAGAGAUCCGAAAGGACGAUUCUCAAAGGCCUCACUACUGUGGUCUUUGCAUAUCUACGCCAGGAGCUCGGUCUUCAGAACAAUCCUGCAAGCAUUGAUCCAUGGCAGAUAUGUAAUAUGAUGACUCACUUCUUGCCAAAGGCACAUGAGCGUUACUAUUCAUCAUUUAGCCAGGACGAAACUCCCUUUAUCGCUGCGCUCCAGGGAAUCUCGAAAUCGAGACUUGAGAAGACGAUGUCAGAGCUCUUACCAACCAUAUCGCAACUCUUACCCAGGGAGGCAACCCCAAGUGGAACGAGCGAAGCUCAGCCUGUAUCUGCUGUGAAUGCCUGUUUACUUAUCUUGGACUGUGCUGGACUUCUGAAUGAGCCAUUCAAUACCGAAUUGUUUUCAUUGGUUACAACCAAAUCGAAAGCGGAACCAAUGCAGCUUUUCAAAGACGAAGACUUCAUCCCUGAUAUUAAGAAAAGCUCACACAUCUUGCAAAAGACGCCAAAGGCUGCCCGGGUCGCCCUUUUCAAUAGUCUGAAGACUAUCUUUGAGACAUCCACCAGUCUGAACGAAAGAGCUCGAGCCGCCCUCAACCUUGCUAGUGCCUAUAUGGACGAUAUAGGAGUUGAGUACGAUUCAAAGUCGGCAGCUUAUUAUGUUCGUCAAGCAGCCCAGCUCGGUUCCGAAGAGGCUAGAACUCUCUAUAUAUCUGUGUUCUCUCACGUUCCUGACCAAGAGGUUCCAGAUGAAGAGAUACUACGUACCUGGGUUGCCGAGUCCGCCCAAGCCGGGAACCCAGUUGCUCUUCAGAAACUGAAAGCGAACUGGCCUUCCGACUGGCGACAAGCUAAGCAGAAGCUUCAGCUCGAUGAACUAACUCGUCUCGGUGUCAAUGCUGAUGCGUGUGAGGACUUGUCUUCAAUGUUGGAAGCCUUGUCUUUGAGUGAAGUCGAGUUCGUCUUCUCCAGAGAUCUGCUUUUAUGGAGUAUCGUUUUGGACAAGCCAGAUGUGAUGACUAUCUGUCUAGAUCAAAAUCGUGGCUUGGCCCAAUUAGUCCUGCAGAAUGAGGAGACCCCUUUACUCGUCGCGGCUCGCCUUGGCCGAAAACGCAUUCUAGAGACGAUAUUGCAGCACCCCAGCUGUGGGAUUGCUGCACAGAUCGCGGACGAAAGAGGUAUAACGCCUCUUCACUGGCUCUGCUCCUUCGAAGACGAAGACCAUGAAACCAUCGCAAAACUUCUGGUCAGCAAAGGCGCCGAGCUAAACUCCCCUGCUUGUGUAAUAUUACGCACCCAAUAUGGAAUAAGGGUUGACGACAAUGGGAUUCUGUCUCACACCCCUUUGCACUGGGCUAUCACACAGAAAAGACUCACUGCAGUGGAUGUUCUCCUCCAACUGGGUGCAGAUCCAACGUUCUGUAUGGAGGUAGGGGAUGGGGAGGCGUCGCACCUCUCACCACUUGAGCUUGCAUGUGGACUUUGUUACUCACCAGUUGUUGAACGGCUUCUACAAGAGCCGUCAGUUCAGCUGGAAGCCAGCAAGGUAAAACCAAUGGUAGGUGGAGGUGAACUAAUGUAUUUGCCUCUUUUCCAUGUUAUAUCCGGAACCCCUCGUUGGCAACGGGUGUUGACAUUAGGUGUCGACUUUGAAUUGGAGACAAAGAAGACAAUGAAAGCCCUAAUCGAGAAAGGCGCACCCACAGAUUCUGUCUUGCAACUCGGGAGCCAUGUCAAGAUGGCAGCCGUGCUUGCAACGGCGUACCAUCAAUGCGCGGCAGAUCUUAUGAUCUCAGGCCUUGAGUUCGGCUUCGCGAAUGAGAUCAACGCUACCUUUGGAAGAAUAUCCAGUGGAGGUUCAGCUCUGUUUCUGGCGAUUACGCAUGGAGACCGCGAUAUGUUCAAGGCUCUUAUCGACGCCGGUGCAGAUAUCGAUGCGGUAGAUGAUGAUGGUCUCAACGCGCUUCACCGUGCUGCAAAAGAGACAGAUGACGUCUUCUUUGUUGAGAAACUUCUAGAAAAGGGCCUCCCAGUCGAUCCGACCACGCCAGAGCCUUUGAGCGCUUUCUACGUUGCCACUUACAGUGGAAAUCUUACUGUUGCACAGUAUCUCUUCGAUCAUGGCGCGGAUAGAGACCGCAUUUCUACGUCUGCGGGGAAGAGCAUAAUGUCAGACAUGCUCUUAACGGGUACUAGGAAUGCCCUCCAUCGAGUCAAGUUCUUACUCAGUCUUCCGGACCGCAAUGGCUCCGAUGGAUUCAUGGUCAACGUCGGCCAUGACACGUUUUCAUUAUUCCACUUUACUAUCAAGUACAUGGGGGAAUUCGCCGAAGACAACGAGGUCGCUGGAAUCGCGAUUGUCGAACUCCUUCGGAAGUACAACACUCAAGACCAGCUUGACAACACAGCGGGACCAUACAAGAUGACUGCAAUAGCAGUAGCCGCCGAAUCUGGCAACUAUUUCGCCGUGAAGCGACUUCUCGAGUACGGCGCAAGCCCAAGUAUUCCGGAUCACUAUGGCCGAACGGCGUUGGACCUGGUUUACAGAAGACACUAUUUCCCAGAAAACCUUCCAGCUUUGAAAGAAGCAGAUUUGGACGAUGACAAGGUUGUGAAUAAGAUUUUGAAGGCCACGAAUGAGAACACGACCGAGGUGAUGAGUCUUCUUAAGUCAUAUAACGCUGAGACAGCCAGUUGGAGUGCACCAUCCUGGGCUGAGACUGAUAGUGGAUUUCGUAGCUUGGAUUGGGUUUUGGAGCGCCUGCGCAAAGAUCGUAAAUCUGGAGGUUAG